AUGGACAUGCUCCAAUACUUCGUCAGUAUCGGACUCGCAUACGCGGUCUGGAAGCUCUUCAGGUGGCUCUCGUCGCCGAAGUCACCGCUUGACAAUAUCCAUGGGCCCCCCUCGCCAUCGUGGCUCACUGGCCACAUGUUACAGUUGUAUAACAGGCAAGGAUGGGACUUUCAUCGCGACCUUCGCACCAAGUACGGUCCAGUGUCCAGGCUCCAGUUCCUAUUCGGCAAACCAAUGCUGUGCGUCUACGACCCUGCAGCUAUGCAAACCGUCGUCCUGAAGGAGCACCGACACCAUGAGCCGCUCUUCGAAGAGAUCCAAUGGUUCAUGAACAUUGGACUAGACACCUUCGGCCCCGGCCUUCUCUCAAGCACAGGAGAGACGCAUCGCAAACAGCGCAAGCUGCUGAACCCGAUCUUCUCGCCGAAGAAUCUGCGCCUCGCCACUCCGACGUUCUACGAAGUCGUCCACCGCCUUUCUGCAGCGAUCAAGACACUCGUACUUGCUGGAGAGCCACAGGUCGACCUGGCUCAGUACAUGGCACGGACAGCGCUCGAGCUCAUCGCACAGUCAACGCUCGGUCAGUCCCUGGACCCGCUCACCGAGAAAGGGAGCAACCCUUACGCGGAGGCACUGAAGUCCUACAUUCCCGCCUUCACGGCCCUCAGCCCAUUCUUGCAGGUAUACCGGUUUGGCCGUCAUCUCAUUCCCGCUCCGCUGCGACGCCCGAUCAUGAACCUGUUGCCCUCUCGGCGUGUGAAGGCGCUGCUUCGCGUCAUUGACACGAUGCACGAGAACGCAGUGCGUAUUUAUACAAAGAAGAAGAGCCUCGUGAAAGCCGAGGAUAAGGCGCACGAGGGGGACGAGAAAGUGAAGGAUCUGUGUUCGCUCCUUCUGCAAGCCAAUGUGGGCGCGUCGAAAGAAGACGCACUAGCAGACGAGGAACUCAUCGCCCAGCUUUCAACCUUGAUAUUCGCUGCAACGGACACGACGUCCAACGCACUCACGCUCGUCCUCGAGUGCCUCGCCACGCGCCCGGAGGCGCAAGAAAAGCUGCGUGCCGAGCUCAGAGCGGCGAAAAGCCGCCACGAGAACGGCGAACUCCCGUACGACGAGCUGAUGUCGCUGCCGUACCUCCACGCGGUGUGCUCGGAGACCCUGCGAGUACACGUCCCCGCCCCGCUCCGCGUCCGCGAAGCUCAAGCAGACGCGGUCCUCCCGCUUUCCACGCCGGUCCGCGGCGUCGACGGCACGCUCAUACACUCCGUCCCCGUCCCCAAGGGCACCUACGUCUUCAUCGCCAUCCAGGCCGCGAACGUCAACCCUGCAAUCUGGGGCGCGGACGCGCACGUGUGGCGCCCCGAGCGCUGGCUUGAGCCGCUCCCGGAGGCGGUCGGCGAGGCGAAGAUCCCGGGCGUGUACUCGAACCUGAUGACAUUCUGGGGGGGAGGGCGCUCGUGCAUAGGCUUCAAGUUCGCCGAACUCGAGAUGAAAAUCGUCCUCGCCGAGCUUAUCUCGACGUUCGCGCUCGAGAAGACGGACGCGCCCGUGAUAUGGAACCUCGGCGAGGUCAUCCACCCUACCCUCAGCACCGAGUCGUCGCGCCCGGAGUAUCCGAUGAAAGUCACGCUGGCAAACUGACAGCUACCGCUCAGCGCUCAGCGGCAAUGGGCGAGUUGAGAUGUAAUCUGCGACCCAAC